AUGCCAACAAUUACGAUAGAGCCCGAAAACAGCUCCAAAGAGCCAAGCGAAAUUUGUGUCGACGAGGCCUCGGAUGUGGGCUCGAAAACCGAACGCUUCUCGGAGCGUCGGAAAAAGUUCAUUGUAGCGAUUUCGUCAGCGGCGUGUUUUCUAACGCCAAUGGCAGGCCUGGCAUUUUUGCCAGCCAUUUCUACCAUUGCUGAGCGUUUCAAUACGACUGCAUCGACGAUCAAUGUGUCGAACGCUGUCUACAAUGUUUGCAUGGGCUUAUCGUGCUUCUGGGCACCUUUCAGCGACUCAUAUGGACGAAAACCAGCUUUUUUAAUUUGCAUGUUCUUCUGUGUUGUAUCAACAGUUCUUGUUGCUUGUUCCCAAAACCUAGCGAUGUUUUUUGUGUUUCGGGCAACCACCGCGCUCUUUGGUACUGCAUUUUUCAGCAUUGGUGCUCAAAUCAUUGGCGAUAUUUACCCACCAGAAAAAAGAGGAAGUGCCAUGGGCUGGAAUAUAGCUGGGAGUCAAAUUGGGCCUCCUCUCGGUCCAACUUUUGGAGCUAUUAUAGUGACAUACACUUCUUGGAGAAUAAUAUUCUACAUUUUGGCAAUACUAGGGGGAUUAGUGCUUGUCUUGGCAUUUUUCUUUCUCCCCGAGACACUGCCCGACAAUAGACAUUCACUAGCUCUCAGUGAAUACAACAACAGUGAUGAAGUUGUCAAGAAUCCGCAAAAGAAAAAAAGGUUCUUAUUUAUUCCUUUCAAUAUCAUGCGUCCCAUCAUAUCCUUCAAAUAUCCCUCCUUGAUUCUUGCAGGUAUCUCCUCUAUGGCACUGAUGUACAAUAUGUAUUCUCUGCUGACGCCCAUUAGGUAUGUUGUUGAUCCAAGAUUUGACAUUACACUGCCGAUAUAUGGAGGUUUGUUUUAUCUAGCACCGGGAAUUGGGUACCUUCUCGGAUCCUUCAUGGGCGGAAAGCUUUCUGACUACCAAGUGAAGAAGAGCAUCAAACAGAGAGGAAGGCGGGUCCCAGAAGAUCGCUUGAGGAUGACGUUGCUUUUCUUUGGAUUUUUGAGCCCAGCGUCAGUCAUUGCAUAUGGGUGGUCUAUUCAAUCUAGAAAAGGUGGGUAUGCACUUCCAAUCAUAAGUAUGUUCAUCAACGGACUGUCGCAAACCAGUAUCUUUCCCACAAUCAACAGCUAUUGCAUCGACUCAAUGGCAAGCGAAAUCGGUGGCGGUGCUGUAGGCGGCAACUACAUGAUACGUUUUUUUGCUUCAGCGGUGGGUUCAGCCACCUGUUUGAAAGCCAUAACUAGCAUUGGAAUUGGAUGGACAUCAACUAUAUCAGCCGGUGUAUUAGUUAUCGGUUCCAUUUCAAUGUUACUUCUAGUCCUUUAUGGAGAGCAGCUGAGAGAAGGGAAAAAGGUUAUAAAAUAG